AUGAAGGAAAGGACUCCAUGUCGUCUUGCCCUUGAGGAUAAAGUUUCGGGCAACAACAUUGUCGUGGCGGAUGGUAUGGUACAACCCUCAGAUGGUGCAUUGCCCCAACAUUUUACAUCGAUGAAGCCUGGUCACUAUAAAGUCCAAGUUGAUUUUGUUUACGACGGACAUGUUGAUGAUAUUCUUCCGGUACCUACGGGAGAUGGUUUCACUAACUUAGGCGGUGCUCUGGGUAGUUUUGUGCAAUGGCCCAUACACUUAGUGAUUUUCGAAGACGGCGAGGAUUGUACUUCACCUCCUAAAAAGAAGUCCAAGCCUAAUGUUUCUAAAGAGAGGGAUGGUAGCUCCAAGAAAAAGACAACGGUAUUAGCGGCCCAAAAGAAGACAACAGACUUAGCAUCCAAGUUUAUCAUGACUUCGGCGCCUGAUGAUAUAUAUGAUAAUACUACCAUCCCAUUGGCGGCCUCAGUUUGGCACUCGGAUUUUGAUCAAGAAACAUACAUAACUGCGUCUGAUAUAUGA